AUGACGCACUUCCGCAUCGCCGUCACCUCCGACACCGUCUGCCCGUGGUGCUACGUCGGGCGCAAGCAGCUCCAGCGCGCGCAGCAGAUGUGGGCGCAGCGCCACCCGGCCGACACCUUCGCCGUCACCUACCACCCCUUCCAGCUGAACCCGGCCCAGCCCAAGGGCCCCGCGUCCAGCCACGACAAGCGCCAGUUCUACCACGACAAGUUCGGCCCCGAGCGCACCCAGAUGAUGCAGCAGCGCCUGUCCGCCGUCGGCCGCGACGUCGGCAUCGACUUCAAGUACGGCGGCAGCACCGGCAACACGCGCGACUCGCACCGCCUCGUCCACCUGGCCAAGCGCUACGGCAACGACGCCGAGCUGCGCGUCGUCGACGGCCUCUUCGCCGCCUACUUUGAGAACGAGGCCGACAUCACCCAGUACGACACCCUCAAGGGCGUGGCCACCGCCGCCGGCAUCCCCGAGGCCGAGUUCCAAAAGGCCAUUGUGGACGGCGACGAGGGCGGCGCUGCCGUCGACGAGGCCGUCAUGAGGGCGCGCCUCGAGGGCGUCUCUGGCGUCCCCGACUACAAGAUCCAGGACCGCUUCCAGAUCAACGGCGGCCAGCCCGCGGAGGCCUUUGUCCAGGUUUUCGAAAAGGUCAAGGCGCUCGAGGGUUAG